AUGACUUCCGGCAAUCCACAAGUAAGACGAAGGAGACAAUGCGGUCCUAAGACCCGAACCGGCUGCCAGACCUGCAAGAUACGCCGUGUCAAAUGUGACGAAGCCAAACCAAGUUGCAAUCGGUGUAUCUCAACAGGACGCAAAUGUGAUGGCUAUCUAGACCUCUCAAAUCCCGCUUUGGGUCACGGACUGAACGGCACUUUGGUCGUUCGACCCAUGUCCCAGAUACCUGGAAGUACACAGGAGAAACGAGGUUUUAGCCACUUCGUCAAAAAGACUUCUCCCGAGUUGGAAGGCUUCUAUUCUAGUGGAUUCUGGGAUGCCCUACUAUUGCAAGCUAGUCAUGCGGAGCCCGCUUUGAAACAUGCUGUGAUAGCAAUUAGCUCACUUCACGAAGACUUUGCUGGCCGAAGUCUAGGACCGUUGGCGGGUAAAGAGGAUAAGUUUCCUUUUGCGCUCAACCAAUACACCAAAGCAAUCGGACAUCUGCGGCGAUCGUUGGCUUCGGGAAAGCAGGCUCCACUAACGGCGUUGAUGUCUUGCAUACUGUUUGUGUGUUUCGAUUCUUUCAGAGGCUAUUACCAGACGGCAAUGGUCCAUUUGCAGAGUGGUAUGAGGAUCCUCCGAGAUCUGAGAGCCCAGAGUGCACCUUUAGACCCUCUAAUAGAAGAGACGAUUGCACCUCUUUUGCUCAGACUAGGUCUUCAGUCUAUCCUCUACAUAGAUACUAGCAAUCCACAGGACCGGGUUGCGUUUGCAACAGAGCUCACUCAAGCAGUCCCUCAGAAUAAGCCAGUUCCAGAAACGUUUAACAGUCUUGAGGAAGCCCGCGCGUCUAUGAACGAGUGUUGUGAUGGUCUAUUUCGGCUGUUUUAUCUGUGUGACGGAGCCAUACCGAUGGGCUUUCAAUCGGAAGAAACGAGGGGAAUGCACGAGGAAUACUCUAUAAGAUUGCAAGAGUGGAAUGUGGCUUUUGAAAAGUUCAUGGGCGUUCACAGCCAAACUUUUACGAGCAAACAAGUUCGAGGAGCAGCACUCGUCAAAAUUCAUCAUACAGUAGUCCGGAUUAUGUGUGAUAUGACCCCAUCGGUAGCGGACCUCAGACCCAUGGAAGAGGCUACCAAUGCUCCCAACGACUUUUUAAAGUUUACCGAUGACUUCAGAAUAAUCAUCAACCUAUGCCGGUCCUUGAUCACAGCCGCGGAGGCCGAUACGAAAGCAGGUAAACCAACUCUUACAUUCUCCACGGACCUCGGUGUCAUCGGUCCUCUGUAUUACGUCGGGAUCAAAUGUAGGUCUCACCAGAUCAAGAGAGAAGCCAUGGAUCUUUUGAAACGAUGUCCAAGAAAGGAAGGCAUGUGGGAUAGCGACACGGCGGUCAAUCUAAUAUCACAAUUCUGGGAAAUCGAAGAACGGCAAAGAUUUUUGCAAAACCAACACUCGGACGAAGUCAACAUCCCGACACCCCUCAACGAAGUAGUCGAUCUGAUAUUCUAUGAAGGAGGCGAAUGGCAAUGGGUCUGGAAAGAGUUAGUGCCCACAGAUGAGCGGACCCGUGCAGGGAGGCUCUGUCGAACUCCCACUCCCGUGUCUAUCUAUUCGCGAGAUAGUCCUCCUUGA